CUGUAUGUUUCUUCAAAAGAACCAUUGCGCAAAUACAAAUUUGUCGGAAACCCAUAAUAAUAUUACCAGUAACUCUAGCAGUUUAAAUAGCAGUUUUAACAACAGUAACAACAGAAGUAUCUUCAUCAGUGAUAGAAACAGAAAUAGUCUUAGCAGUUUCUUCAUCAGUGACAGUAACAGAAAUAGUCUCAAAUAUGAAAAUAUUAAAGAAGAGAUUGCAGAUUUGCAAAAAGAUUUUGCAACAGUGAAAAGUAUUCUCGUUGAAACUAUAGACAAGGAGAAGGAAACCGUGAUAGAGCUAAGAGAGUUGGGUGAGUUGAGGAGAGAACUGAACCAGCUCCGGAGGGAAAUAGCCAGGAACAAGGAGAAGGACGGGACGGAGAACAUGAAGGUUGAGGAGAACUGGAUCCGUGAGAGUAUUGUUGAACUCCGGAGAGAGCUGACGGAGGUUGAAAGUAAGGUUGAAGAGCAGGGUUCGUGUUCUCCAGAUCCGUCCUUACUUCUCAGGAUAGGACAAAUUGAAAAGGAGAUGAUGAAAGGUAUGAAGAGGGAGGGGAAGAAAGUGUUGAAGGAGAAGGAGAGAGCUCUCACCAAGAAGACAGUUAAAGAGUUUAUGCAGUACACUGACUCAUCAAUACAAAAUCUAGAACAAGAUUUAGAAAAUGUGAAGAAAACUCUGAUGGGUAUCCCGUCUGUUGGAAGGGUUGGAGAGGAGAGGAGAAUAAAAGAGAUCCAGGACAAGGUUUCAGGAUUAGAUGAAUCCAUGGAGAAGAUAAUAAAUGCUCAGGGUUGGUAUGAGAAAAGGAUAAACCUUCUCUCCUCUGAAGUGUGGAGUAAGCUGAACCUGGUUGAACUAAAUAUAAAAACAUUAUUGAUCAAAUCAACAAAUCUAGAAACAUGAUGAUUGUCAGAAUAGAUGGAUGGCUUUAUAAGUACUUAAAAAUAUAUUUUCGCUGAAUCAGCUUUUAUGCCAAUAUUUAUGUUUUGUUGCCAAUAUUUAUGUUUGGUGGUUUUGAUUUUAUUGAAAAAUAACAAUAUAUAACCAUAUUAAAUGUACUAGUGUUGCACACAAGAAAUAAGAUUUCAAAGACGCCUGUUCACACGUAUUUCUACACUUUGGCACACUCCAUACCAGAUUUCAAAGACGACUGUUCGGAAUUCAUGGUUCGCUAAUGAAUUACACGUAUUUCUACAAUUGUGCAUACUACAUACCAGGUUUUAAAGACGACUGUUUGGAAUUCAUGGUUCGGUAUUGAAUUAUAAGUAUUUCUACACUUUGGCAUACUACAUACCAGGUUUUAAAGACGAAUGUUCGGAAUUCAUGGUUCGCUACUGCAGUACACGUAUUUCUACACUUUGGCACACUCCUUGCCAGAUUUCAAAGAUGACUGUUCGGAAUUCAUGGUUCGCUACUGCAGUACACGUAUUUCUUCACUUUGGCACACUCCUUACCAGAUUUCAAAGAUGACUGUUCGGAAUUCAUGGUUCGCUACUGCAGUACACGUAUUUCUACACUUUGGCACACUCCUUACCAGGUUUCAAAGACGACUGUUCGGAAUUCAUGGUUUGCAACUGCAGUACACGUAUUUCUACACUUUGGCACAAUCCUUACCAGCAUUAUCUAGAUCUAAAGAAUCAGUUUUGUCAAUUACCACUAUUAACCUGUAAAUCAGGUCGUCAUCGUAGUUUAGCAGUUUCUUUGGAUUAAAAGUCGUUGCUCCAUUCGCCAAUAUUUUGGGUCCAUUGUAAAAGGGGUUUAAGGCAUUAUUUGAAUAUCUAUAUGUAUUGCAGAUUUCUGUAUAUUUUAAAGAUAUAUCUGUUGCAACAAUUAAAAAUUACAAAACCAUUAUCUGUAGCAACAUUUUUAAGAAAAGAAAAAGUUUUCUGUUAUUUUCUAACUGUACAUCAAGCUGGUUUGAGUUGUGAUAGAAAAAAGUUUUUUUUUUCAAAUGUUGAAUACUUAAUAACUUAUCCAUGAAUAUAUCAAACAGUUCCAACGUGCA